CCGGUCUCGCAGUUUCGUUUUUAAACACUAUUUCACUUUGAAGAAAAAUAAAAAUAGUAAUAUUGAGACGAAUUUCAAAUAAUUAAAUAAAGAAUGUCGGAGUUUUACAAGCGAAAUGCUGCGCUGUAUGAAGAAUUUCAAAGAAAGGAGCAACAGUUUUUGAACAGUGAAAAAAGUUUAAAUUCCUUUUUGGUGACAAAAACUAGCAAUGAUUCGCUUCAAGAGUAUCUUCGUAAAAUCAAUCAGCGAGAAAGAGAAACUGAAGAAGUGUAUAAAAAUUUGAUAAGACAAAUGGAUGAUAUGGACCGAAGAACAGACCAAAUGUUUUUUAAUAUUGAAAAGCUAAGUAUACUCAAGAGCACUAUGUUUGAUCCUCAUCUUUCUGCUUGGAGGAAUGUGCAAGAAAGAAUAGAAACUCCUGUUCCUUCUUAUCCAGUUUCCAGCACAUUGAAUGUUGGAUAUAAUCCUGAGAAUUGGAACAUUCUUAAACAAGAUUCUUGUGUGCAAACAGAAGAUUUGUUUUGUGACCAGUGUCACUUUUUAUUAAGCCAUAAUACAAGCAACCAUAAGGAUGCUAACGCAUUUUAUGAAUCCAAUAUUGAGGAAACUGGUAUAAAUACAGCAAAUCAUCCAAAAACAUCAACGCCAGACUUUAACGAUAUUAAUCAUGCUUUUGAUCUUACACAAUCAAUAAGUGAAGUUUUAGAUCACAAAACAGAGAGGGACAUCACUCUGAACGCCAGCAACCAGUUAAAAAUCGAAAACGAUAUUGGAAGAUUAACUUUUCAAUCGGAAAGAAAAGUUGAUAUGCCUUCUGGCCGAAGCAUCCAAACCGAUAAUGCAAAGUCAAAUUUUGAAUUGGAAAGAAAAGUUGAUAUAUCUCGUGAUUCAAUACUAACAUCAAAUCUUUUAACUGACCAAAACAUAAAUGUGAGCAAUGUAGUCGUUCUUCCAAAUGCUGUGGAAGAGGCACAAGUUGUUGGAGAGGAGAUUCAUCAACGUGAGGAAGAAAAUUCUCAGCCGCUAAAUGCUUCUGUACGGGAUGAACCAACAUUAAAUGAAUCUAAUGUUGGCACAAAGAGCGAUGAUGAGAGUAUGAAUCAUGAGUUCAACUUUUUAGAAUCUGAGAAGUCUAAUGAAAGUUAUAGGCUAGGGGAAGAUGUUCAGAAUUACAAAAACAGCAAUAAUCUUAGUGAGAGAGAUACUGGUGCUCAUGCUGGUUUGAAUGAAACUAUCACUGUGGCGAAGAAGGACAUCUAUCCUGAUAAUGAUUUAGCUACUGACAAAGUAGGUGCUGCUGAAGUGAUGAGUCACCUGAAUGUCAAAGCAGAUGAUUUAAGGAGUGAAUCAUCCAUGAGUGCAGCAGAACUCCAAUCACCACUUCAUUCUGAACCUGUGUCUGUGGAGUCUGAUUUGGAUGAUUUUUUUGACAAAGAAACUCCUCUAACUAAUACUCCUGCAUAUCAAGCAUUACUGGGUAAUAAUCUAACAUUUAAAGUACAGAAAAAGCAAGUAUCUUCUGACUCUGAAUCUGAAGAUUCUGUAGAAAAAGCCUUAUCUAAAGCUGUUAAAAAGCCUAGCUCUUUGACUCCGAGCCUACCACCAGAAGUACAGAAGGCAGAACCAAAGAAAGAAAUGUCAUCCAUAGAAAAAAAGACUGAUAAAACAAGUUUUCGAUUUUCAGAAGUACUACAUCUGAUAUCCGAAACAAAACACAAGCUGAUAUACUUAGAAGUAGACGAAAAGCUCUUCUUUUUGACUCAUCUGGAUCUGAAAUGGAACCAGAAAUAAAACCAGUGAAAAAGAAUACUGUUGAUGAUGAUGAUGAUGAAUUUGACUAUUAAAAGAUGACUUAUGUAUCCUUGUAUUGUACAUAAUAUAAA